AUGUUUUCAUGUGAUUCAAAUUGUCGUAACUUAGUAACGUGCGGUAAUUGCAUAGGCUAUGCGUAUGAAACAUGUGUUUGGUGUCCCGCUGGGGACCAUAAAGGGCACCGAUGCCAGUCUAUAAGUGUUCAUAAAGAAAAUAAUUCAUGGUGCAACGAAAAUGUUUAUAAUCCAGUAUUUAAGUCUAACAUUCUACAAAAUGAUACGUUUAAUUCCGGAGAAAAUGGAGGAAAAGUAGUACAAUAUAUGCCCCAAAAAAUGGAUAUACUAGUUCGUCCAGGAACACCGGUCACAUUUAAGAUGUCAUAUAAAUCAGCGCAAGAUUAUCCACUGGAUGUUUAUUAUCUCAUGGAUUACUCGUACACUAUGCGCAACCACAAAAAACAACUUGAAACUCAGGGUUUGGAAAUAUAUAGACAACUGACAAAACUUACAAAUAAUGUUCAACUGGGCAUAGGAAGCUUCGUUGAAAAACCGGCACUUCCCUUUGCUGGACCAUACAAUAAUGCUUAUUCCUUUGAAAACCAUUUGUCUUUAACUAAGAAUAUGACCCUGUUCAAAAAUGUUUUAACCGGUAACCUAACUGGUUCAAAUUAUGACAAUCCCGAAGCUGGGCUCGACGCGCUAAUGCAAGCUAUGGUAUGCCAAAAACAAAUAGGCUGGAGGGAGAGUGCCAGACGCAUCAUAGUCCUGACUACGGACUCCACUUAUCACAGCGCUGGUGACGGUAAGUUUGUUGGAGCCGUAAAACCGAACGAUAUGAAAUGCCACCUUGAAGAUAAUAAAUACACGAUGAGUUUAGUACUCGACUACCCGUCUGUUAGCCAAGUCAAUAAAGUAGCCACUGAAAACAAUUUCAAAAUAAUAUUUGCUGCGAUUCACGAUGUGAAAAUAAUAUAUGAAGGACUGGCUAAGAAAAUAAGAGGUGCGAAAUAUGUAGAAUUAAAGGAAGCUUCAAAUUUGAUAACAAUGAUAAAAAACGAAUACCUGGAAUUAAUUAGAAGUAUAGACAUUAUGACUGAAGUACCACCGCAUAUCGAACUUUUAUUGGAGCCAGAUUGCCGUAUAAGUGGUAACUGUAUCGUCAAGCAUAACGAAUCUAUAAAUAUAAAUACAACGCUAAAAGUAAAAUCGUGCCCCAAGAGUAAAACUCCAAGCGUAGUGAAAUUAGGUCCUGUGGCGUUAAAUGAGAAGUUAUUGAUUUCAGUAAUCAGUGAUUGUGAAUGUGACUGUGAAAGAAAUAUUUUGAAAACUGCUUUAAAUUCAACUAAAUGUAGCGGAAAUGGAACAUACCAGUGUGGCAUUUGUAAAUGUAAUGAAAACAGAUAUGGUGAUGAUUGUCGGUGUGAAGGCUCUUCUACGAUUAGUGUAGAUUUAGAUAAAUGUAAAAUAAAUAGUAAUGAUACAAACUACUGUAGCGGCAGAGGAACGUGCAGUUGCGGCAAAUGUGUACUAUGCUACAAAGGAUUUUCGGGGGAUUACUGUCAAUAUGAUGAUACCGCUUGCCCAAGUCCUGGCGGAAAGCUGUGUGCCGAUAGAGGAAUAUGUCGGUACGGGAAAUGUGAGUGUGACUCAAAGAGUACCGGCGUCGGCUGUGAUUGCCCUAUUGAUAAUCAUAGUUGUUUUGCUCCGCACUCGAAAGAAAUUUGCUCGGGAAAUGGUAAAUGCGAAUGUGGUGAAUGCGUCUGUCUACCAAUGGAGUCGUCAAAUCGGACGUGUUCUGGACGCUUUUGCGACAGCUGCGACGAAUUUGCUAAGAAGCGAUGUUUAGAGCUCGAAAUUUACGCAGAGUGCAAUUAUUUAUACAACAAAAUAUAUUGCGAUGAAUUAUAUAAUCAGACUUCUUUGACUGAAGUAAAAAUGGUUACUAAGUUGGAUAAUACACUCCCUGAUCACCAAAUGGCAAAAUGGUGCAAGAAGCAGUUUGGGAAUGGCACCGCACUUGUUUUUAAAUAUCUGUACCCACUUUCAUCGCCCAAUAUAUUACAUGUAAUAAUUCAAAAAGAAUUGGAGCAACCGCCCGAAGUGAAUUUAUUCAUUGCUAUCGGUGUUCCUUUCGGUGUGCUGAUACUAAUCGGUCUGCUGACAAUAAUGAUUUGGAAGAUAUUAGUGGACAUACACGACGCAAGAGAGUAUAAAAGUUUUGCUGAGAAAUCUGCCGCAGCUGGUUUCACGGUUCCCGGAAUAGUUAACCCAGUUUACCGCGCGCCUACCGUUAAUAUUAAUAAUCCGACCUUCAACCGGCAAUCACAAUAA